AUGAUCUGCGCACUGAGACCUGGAUAUGAUCCACCUAACCGUAAGAAGUUAUCAGGAGAGCUUUUAGAUACGGUUUAUGAGGAAAUAGAAAACGACCUGAGAAGUGAGCUAAGUGCUGAAGACGCUAGCUUCACAAUGAUGCAGGAUGGAUGGCAACAAUUGCUUAGUGAAUUGGUAAAGGCUAUCAAGUGUUCGAAGACGGCACCAGAUCAAGUGGAUUUGCCCCUGUUUAAUCCUGACACGACGGAUGCCAAAAAAUGGUUGGCUGAAGUAGGUACAAUAAAAACAGAAUUUGAUUGGACUGAUCAACAAUUGUUAGUACGGAAUUUGUUGAAGAACCUCACGGAUGAUUCUGUGCCAAUAAGGAACUUAAAUUUGGAUCGAGAAAGAGUCAAAAGUGCCCUUGAUAGCAAUACCAAAAGGGACCUGAGAUCAAAUACAAAACGUCGUGAUACGAAAGUUUUUCAAGUUGGUGAUUUUGUUUUAAUGCACCGAGACGAAAAGAUGCAUCAGGGAAAGCUAUCUUAUGAAUUUGAUGGUCCUUUCGAGGUUGUUGGCAUCACCCCGCAACAACGUUACGAGAUACGAAUAGUUGGAAAAUCAACCAUUACCAAGGCAGUUAAAGAGCAGCUACGAAUUUGGCCUACAGACUGGUCUCUCACACUAGACAUGCCAGACUUAUUGGAACUUUUAGAACAAGAAUUCAGGCGAGUGACUUUUCAUUUAUUUGUUGGUUAUUGA